AAUCCUAAACAACGUUGCUGUUUUGCCUUUUAUAAGAUUGUACCAAUUCUUUGUCUAUCUAAAACUUUCUUUUGCCUUCGUAAUUUUCAGUCAGUCGUACAAUUAGAUCUACACUGGACAAUGGCAAGACCUGGUACCAGGAUCAUACAAGCCAAGCUGGUGCUUGUAGGAGACAUGGGAACAGGCAAAACCAGCUUGGUACUAAGAUUUGUGAAAGGCCAGUUUUUCCAUCACCAGUAGUAUUGUACAUUAUAGGAAGCAACGGUAGGAGCAGCCUUUUUCACUCAGAUAUUAUCAGUAAGUGAAGCCACUGUAAAGUUUGACAUUUGGGAUACAGCGGGACAAGAAAGAUACCAUAGUUUAGCUCCCAUGUAUUAUCGAGGUGCUGCUGCUGCCAUUGUUGUUUAUGAUAUCUCAACCAUGGACACCUUUGCACGAGCAAAGAAAUGGGUUCAAGAACUGCAAAAACAAGGUGAGGAAGAUGCUGUUAUGACACUUUCAGUUCAUACUAAGUUAUGUUUUCUAGACACUGUGCCUGACUUGCUCCUGUCAUGCCUCGUUUAUUUGUGUAUAUCAUGUCUGAUAUUGGGAGGAAAUCCAAAGUUAGUGAUGGCUCUGGUGGGAAACAAGUCAGACUUGGACUCAAAAAGAGAGGUUCAAGUUGAGGAAGGAGAAGAAUUUGCUCAAGAAAAUGGUAUGCUUUUCAUGGAAACAUCAGCAAAAACUGCAGAGAAUGUGAAUGAGCUCUUCUAUGAAAUAGCUAAGAAGUUGGCAACAGCUUCCCCUCCCAACCCAUCAGGGGUAACUCUAAACCAUGACGAAACACAGGAAAGAAGAGGAAAGCUAUUUUGUUGCAUAGGUUGAAACUGAUACCAUCUCCGCACCCAUAUCCCUUUCAACACUUGUGCACUCUCUCUUGUAUGUCAUUUGCAGAUAGCUGAUUGUAUAAAUUACUUCAAUAAUUAUGAAUAAUAUGCUUACAAGCUAUCAAAA